UGAGCCGCCCGUUUGCGCGUCCCGACAGAGCUGCGAAGACGCCUAGUCGUCCUAAUUGCUGUCGUGUCUGCAAAAUCAACUGGUUGCCUGCCUUGACGAGCUCCUUAAUUUUUUUCGAUUUCUUGAUACCAUCCAACACGGCCAACUCAUGACGCCGAUGACGACAUGUCUAUCUCCUGGAAAUUAAAAGCCUCCCCAGUCAAGCUUUACCAAAUCGGCCCUCCUAAUCGAGAGAUCUACCCUGGUAUAUACUCAACCCUGAUCAUAGUGGGGAAAAGGAGGGAGGUGACUCCUCCCUCCUGUUUCUCAUAUUGGUUUUGCGACCCAUGGGAUUGGACAUCAAAUUGUAUAAUUCCCUGGGGUAAUGCUACUUAGUGAUAUGUUUCUACAUAUAUACUAGGGCUUACUACUCACCCUCUUGGAUAAACAUAAGUUUAUCAUCCCCAGCUCAUCUUGUCUGAUCUAGGCUAAUCUAGACUGAUAAUGAAUAGCUACUUGCUAAGUUACUGCUGAGCCCAAUUCUCCAUUUCUUAGCACUCUCUUCUUGUUUGUUUGCUCCAAGGACAUAUUGCUUCUUUAAUAGGGGAGUACUAUCCGUUUGGUCCUAGAUAUGAGAGCUAUUUCAACGGUACUUUCAAUAUUUACUACUUGUGCUUAGCAAGCAGUAUCUAUUAUGAUAAUUAACUUCAAAUAACUGUACUUUUUUCUUUAUUAUGCGCUCCCUGUGCCAUCAAGGUGCAUGGAAGGCCAGGUUAUUGUUAUCUUUCACUAUACAUAACCCCUUUCUUAAUUGAAUUUUAGACGGAUAUUACCGAGCUACCUAUUCUAUGAUAUAUUUAGUGAAGCGGGCGCUUUCCAUUGUCUUUCUAGCAUAAAUGCUCUGAAAUCUCAAGUUCUUUCUUGAACUUCUACUUCUUUUCUUGACUACCCACAGCCUCUAUCCUGCCAUCCCCUUUCUUAGAUCUUUCUAAAUCUCAUAUGUUUCAAAUUUACACCUGUCACAAAUUCUAUUUUUGAUUAUUCUCCUCUUACAUUCUGCUCAGCCUUUGAGCUUUCUUCAGGUUCAACAAGAUGUCCGUAAAUCUGGAUACAGGCCAUAUGAAAGGGCGCUUGGAAAGUGACCCUGAAAAGGCCAGCCCCAUAAGCGAAACAAGCCCAUGGAAUGACCUCGAGAAUGACUACCCAGAAGGGGGGAGGACCGCCUGGCUAACCGUUGCCGGUGCAUCUGCCACGCUGUUUGUAUCCUUCGGCUGGGUUAACUGCGUUGGAAUAUUCCAAAACUACUAUCAUACUCACCAGCUGAAAGCAUACACUGAAUCAGAAGUGGCAUGGAUCUCUUCUCUCCAAGGUCAGUUACCCUCAAAUACCUUAUUUUGGAAGUCUAACCCCUGUUAACUUGAACCCAGUCUUCUUCAUGUUGUUCUGCGGUCCAUUUUUUGGCAGGAUCUUUGACAACUUCGGCCAUUCUUAUUUAGUUAUGGUUGGGACUGCUCUCCACGUUGGCGGCCUUUCUAUUGCAAGUUUCAUGGAUACCUAUUACGGCUUGUUGCUUAGCCAAGCUGUUUGUUCAGCUUUGGGGGCAUCGAUGGUGUUCUACCCUUCUGUCGCUUGUGUAGGUCCUAUAUAUAUAUUUUACACUCUCCCUAUAACCAAGCUACCCUCUGCUCUAACCCUAGGUUCUUCGCUUUAGGUAUCAACUUGGUUCUAUAAACGACGAGCUGCCGCAUUAGGCCCCGUUGUUGCAGGGUCUUCUCUCGGAGGUGUAAUAUUUCCUAUAAUGGUCAUCCACCUGAUUCCUAAAUGGGGUUUCAAUUGGACCAUGCGUGCCUGUGCAUUACUUAUUCUAUGCUUGCUUCUAUUCACCAACUUCACACUCAAGUCCCGUUUACCACCAUCCAAACGACGCUGGCAUAUUUCUGAAAUGACUCGACCGAUGAAAGAACCCGCCUUUAUAGCGCUCGCAGCAGCAGUCUUCUUCUAUUACUGUGAGCUUGACUAUUCUAUCCCAUUUCUACUCUUUUAUUAGCUAACAUGCAUUUAGGGGGCAUGUUUCUCCCUGUAACUUAUAUCGUUGUCGCCGCUCGCAAAAACGGAAUGUCACAAUAUAUGGCCAACUACAUGGUUCCAAUCCUCAACGCUGCGAGGUACGAAUUCACAUUCUAUCCUGCUGGUCAUAUGAAUACCACUAACCUGCAUGGCUACAGUAUCCUUGGCCGUACAGCACCCAACGUCAUCGCUGACAAGGUUGGUAGAUUUAAUGUUAUGAUAGUCAUGUGCAGUAUAACUUCACUUCUUAUCCUCGGCCUUUGGAUGAACGCAUCGAACAACUUAGCCAUGAUCCUCUUUGCAGUUUUCUUUGGAAUUUCAUCUGGCUCAGGUGUCGGUCUCACCCCUGCCCUCGUGGCCCAAGUGUCUCCCAUGAAAGAGAUAGGCACUCGUACGGGACUGAUUUUUGCAAUCGGAUCAUUGGCUGGACUCAGCGGAUCACCUAUCGGAGGCCAAAUUAUUGAAGCAAGCAGUGGGUCUCUGCGCUAUAUGAUGGUAUUUGCUGGAGCGAACUGCAUCAUUGGCACUCUAUUCUUCGUCGUUGCUAGACUCAGCUUGGGUGGUAUGAAGAUAGCCAACGUCUAAAUGCAACCUAAAAGAUAAAAACGGGUGAUAAGCAAGAAAUAGCGAUAGCUGGAGAUAGGGGCAGAGAUGGUUGAAAUUCCCCGCUGCAGAGGUUGCGAGGAGAUAAUGAUUUGGAUGACCAGAAAAUUUCUUUGGGUUUGGAAAAUGGACGAUGGGAAAGGGCCAAUAUUGGAAAUUGAUCUAGCCAUGGAAGAUAAAGGGUUUAUGAGAAUUGAUAGCUAUCUAGGUAAUUGCCUAAUUAGAGGACAGAAGGAGAUUCGAGGAGAAUUAAAUUCAAUUAUGAGCGACGAGAUAAAGAAAGAACUAGCUAAGAAAAAGUUCGAUUGCGACUACCUGUAGAUAGUGGAGUAUUCCUUCCACAAGCAAAUGCUACACACAUGGUAAACAAUAACAAACGCCAUUCCACAACGCCAAUCCCAAACGCCAUGCUUGCAUAUCAAUCACCACUCCGCGCGGUGGGUAUCACAAACAGAUUCAACAGAUCUAGACUCAUCGAAGGCCAGGUAUAUUUUUCUUUCUAUUGAGUUGCGUAAUUGGAAA